UGUUCCUCACAAAGAAAUCCAAACCUGGUUGUAGUCUAGUCUGACGAAGCCGCCAUUUCAAAACGCAAAGGAGCGACAGAGGCUGUAGGAGAUUUUGUAUAUUUUUUAUUUUUGUAAUAUAUUUUUAUUUUUACUAGCACGUAGGAAAAUUGCAUUACUACCUCGCCUGCAUCACCAGCUGAAAUGGAUGCAGACACAGAAGAAAAGGUGACAGAAACUUCAAAAAUUUCCAAGGAUGAAUCUCAGAAACCCUUAACGGACAACAAAUUUAGGGGUCGUGGAUUUAAAAGCCGUGGUCGAGGGGGUCGGAUGAGUCGAGGCAGCAUGCGUGGUGGGCGGGGCAUGAUAAAAGGGUUUGGUCCACCUGGAUAUGGGAGGGGUCGAGGGAAAGAUGGAGCCAUUAAUGGAUUUGCACCCAUGAGAGGAAUGAGGAGGAUGCGACCUUACCCAGACCUACGAGGUCAUCGAGGUAGAGGUGGACCAAUGGGCAUGGGCAUGGGCAUGGGCCCUCCUCCUCCCCCUCCUCCCCCACCACCUCCCAUGCACCUCAGAGGCCCCUACCCACCCAUGCCAAGGCAUGGACCCCCGCCACCCCCUCCUCCAGGUCAUCCUGGUUUCAGAGGGCGUCCACCACACCCUCGAGGCCGUGGCAUGUUGCCCCCUGGACCUCCACGCCACUUCCACCCCCGCGGCCCAAGAGGGGGGGCACACAGUACAGUUAACCUCCCGGGCCCCAGGAACCCAGGCCCUCCCUCACAUCUCUCCCCUCCUUCACCAGCGGCGUGACACCUGAGGUCCGGCACUUCACUUGAAAAGGUGAGCCUCCUCUUGUGUCUUAACACCUAAACCCCUCCUUCUCUGAUGCCUGGAGAUUCUCUCUUUCAGGAUGGAAGCUGAAACUACGACGGGGUCGUACCAAACUCGGUGAGACACAGAGGAAUAUUAAUAGUUGUAGUAAUAUAGAAGUGGGGCUGCACAAUAUUAGGAAAAUGUGAUUUGCAAACCCAAACAGAAUUUAUUUUGCUUGAUUUACAUGGAACUAAGUCUACACUGAAGUUUUGACAAGAACAGACAGUAAGUACACCUUGUUGUACAAUGAUCCUGCAGGAAUACGUAGGAAAAGACUGAUCUAUAAAUCAGUUGUAUUGCACUAACAAUUGGCAUGAACCAGUUUUGACAUGUCCAGGCAGGGAAAGCACAGGUGUAAUUAAUAGAAUUAGCUGCAUAUGUGUCCGAGUCCUGGUAUGGACCUUUUUCACAGCAGACAUUUUGACUUGUCAUAGUAGGAAAAGCACAGGUAAAACUCAUUAAUGAUGGCUCAGUUCCAUUAGGUGUCCCAAUGAGCUGUUCCAGUGAGCCGGGGCCUCCCCUUAGCGGAACCCAGCUAUCAUUAAUGUUAUUGAAUAUACCUGUGCUUUUCCUGCUAUUAUGACAUGUCAGAAUGUCUGUCGUGACAAAGGUCUGUUGUGCAUGCUGGCACACUGUUAUGCUCAUGGCUUACUUAGAUGGUCUCCCUUAAGUAGAACGGAGCCAGGAGGAAACUCCACCUCUCCUAAAGUCCCUCCCAGCUGAUAAAAUUCUAAAAGAUAUUAAACACUCCAGAGGCAUCUUGUCCUGGCCUGGUAAGAACAUCCUGAUGACAUGAGCUCAACAUUCUGUUUUGCUCUCUGUAUCAGUCUGGACUUUCUGCUGCCCCAAACACUUUCACUCACCUUGACAGAUAAACUCCUUCAGCCAAUUAGCCUAACAAAACACUGGAGAACAUCUUCAUCACCAAGAGAGUCAGCUGAUAAAUCAAGCUUUUGCCAAGUCUAGUCAGAAGAACGGCAAAAACAUCUUUUCCUUCAAGAAACUCUGAGGGUGAAUACUUUUGCUCUUGUAUAAUUGUUGUUAUUGACUGUUUCUUCUUUACUGUCUGCAAGUUGUGGCCUGCAUUUUACACCAUCAACUGCAAUGCAGUCUCUGAUUGGCUGGUUGUCUACUCUAUAGGAUAUCCAAUUGCCCCCAGUUGGAUUUGAAUUUCUGGAAAGGGUUAAUUGCCCCCAGUUGGAUUUGAAUUUCUGGAAAGGGUUAAGGGCGACACCAAGUCCGGACUGAUACAGAGGGUGAAACAGAACGUUGAACUCAUGUCACUAGGAUGGUAUUACCAGGCUAAUUCUGUCCUUUAUAUAUAUCAGAAUUUUGGCCUUUGCAGAGAGUAAACCCCUAAACACUAGGACCAAUGUGAGCAGGACCUGAAAUGUACUUUUGAAGAUAGUGAAGUCAGUAUUUAAGGAAGCACUGUCAUUCUCAAGUAACAGAUGCCAUAAACAUUUCAGUUUAAAAUUGUCCACAGAACCUAUUUUACCCCAGAAAGCCUUGUAAUAAUUUUGUCAAUUGGAAAAAAACAUUUGGGGGGAUUUAUUUGCAUAAAAGAGGACCACAAAGAAAAGAUGAAUUUCUGUGGUAAGGUUUUCAAACCUGCAGUAUCCAAACAAUCAGGAGGAAGUGUACUCAUGUGAAGAAUUUUGGUAAAGUAAUUUCAGUCAAAGUAAGGUGGUAUAAAUAUCUAAUAUGGACCCAUCAUAGCUGCAUGGUCAAUAGGCACAGAUCAUUACUGAAGAGACUAUUUAAUUGAUGUGAGGCCAGGUGUGACCCAACCAACAUCUAUAAUUAGGGUCCCUGCAGCCAUGACCUACGUCAGAUCUGUCCAAAAAAUGAAAAAAUGAUUCUACUAAUGUGAUUUAUGUUGUAUAGCUGUAAUUUCUCUGCUGCAAAAAAAUCAAAGCUUCUGACCAGUUUCUUUUACAGAGGUCACAGACUUUACUAUGAUGAUAAAUGCGAGGCCUUUUACCAGAAAACCUUAAAAUGACAGGAAGUAUUCGCCUUCAACCACAGAAUGAGUGCGCCAUGGUGUUUUCACUUGUUAAGCAGAGGAUGAAUGUUAAAUUCAGUUUCUUCUUUUUCUAUGUUUAGCCUUGGUUAUGUUGGUUUACUAAUAAUAAAAUAAAUGCAAAAAAGAAAAGUCUUGUGUGCU